GAGCAGCGGUCCAUUGACAAAGAUGUCGUACUGGCGGACGAGUCGGAGAUAUCCGGGACGGACAAAGUCCGACAAUUAUUCGGUAUCAAACUGGACUGGCGGAAGUUUCCGAUCGUUUUAGUUACCGAAGUGGACGAAAAAACGCCAGACGGGUCGGACAACUCCCGGGCGACGAAGGGAGGCAUCGUGGUCGGGGAUAUGCUGGUGUUGAUCAACGGCGAGCGAAUCACCACCGUCGCGCAAUUGCGGAUCGAUCCCGCCACCGAAAAGAAAAACGCCCAUCCGGACAGCGUCUUGAUUUCCAUGGUGGCGAAGCGGGUGAAGGCGGAAAAGGCGACCAUUUGCUCCUGGCUGUUCCUGCGGAAGAAAUACCAGUGCCAACUGCGGCAAAUUUCCUACAAACCGGGAACGGAUGGGGAGUUCGGGAUUACUAGGUUUCUCGACAACAGCUGCGAGAUCUCGGAAGUAUCGGAUACCUCGAGCGAGCAAAAUUGGGCGAAGAAAAACGAAGUCAAAGUGGGAGACUCGGUAUUGUUUUUCGACGCAGAUUUUUUGCUCAAGAGACCGGAAAAGCUCUCUCUACCCGCGACCACAGCGAAGAACUCGGUGGAAGUGCUGGUGUUUCGCAAAAUGCCCGGCUUUGACAAAAGACUCAACGAAUCCAACGUGGCGAGACCACUAUCUCCGACGUGGGAGCAGCUGAUCCAGAGAUUCACGUCGAAGUGGGAGGUUGGAACAGGUACAAGUACUGGCGGUGGAAAUGCAGCAGCCUCAGCAAGCUUCGCAGGAAACAAACCAGCGAUCACUUCCUCUCUCGCGGCGUCCGCGUCUUCGUCCAGUUCCGUAGUUCCUUCUUCCCUCAAGCGGGUCUGCAACCGGUCCGCGCCUCCCUCCACGCAGUUCCUAUACGCGAUUCUCGCGGCGUCCAUAAAAGCCGAUAAGUACGCCGAUUUCGGCAUGUCGGGGUGGC